CAAGCACCUCCCACCUAGUCCUCCUAGACUUCCAAUAAUAGGCAAUUUACACCAACUUGGGGCCUUACCUCAUUAUUCUUUAUGGCAACUAUCCAAGAAAUAUGGUCCUGUGAUGCUUCUGCAAUUUGGUCGAGUUCCUACAGUUAUUAUCUCCUCUGCAGAAGCUGCAAAAGAGCUCUUUAAAGCAAAUGACCUCAAUAGUUGCAGCAGACCUCGCUUGGCUGGUACUGGAAGGCUAUCUUACGGCUAUCUUGAUAUAGCUUUUACACCAUAUGGAGAUUACUGGAGAGAAAUAAGAAAGAUUUGUGUACUUCAACUUUUUAGCGCUAAAAGAGUUCAAUCAUUCCAGUCCAUUAGAGAAGAAGAAGUGGGUUUUUUAAUUGAUUCGAUUUUAAAAUCUUCUUCAGCCUCUUCUUCUCCUGUUGAUCUAAGUGAAAAGACUUUGUCUCUUACUGCAAAUGUUACUUGUAGAGUAGCUUUUGGGGAAAGUUUUCAAGAAAGAGGAUUUGCCCAUGAAAGAUUUCAAGAAGUGAUUCAAGAGUGA